GAAAGGAACAAAGAACAACAGAGCGAAAGCGAGUUUCUUAGUCAAUCAUCAACUUAUUAUACAUUUUUAGCUGUGAAGCUGCCAGGAGACGCGAAAUUAAAAGGAAGACGGAUUCAUGCACAAUCCAUCAGCGCUAUAACAUGGCCGCUCAGAGGAAUCAAUUUUCCAAAUGUUUAAUAGGAAUCCCAACUUCUCCGAGUACACCCAGCAACACGAUUUUGACAGAAUCAGGACAUUUGCACAUCACGCCUCAGGACGCGAUUGACUCAGAGCUAGAACCAAAUACUCCGUUCAAAGAUCCCAUAAACUCCUACAAAAAGAAAUCAGGAAAACUUGUUUCAAAACGAAAACUUUUUAUGCAAAGUGGCCAAAAUUCUCCUGUGAACAAAGCAAGAAGACAGGCUACAACAAAGACUCCAAAGACUUCUCCUAUAAUCUCACUUCCUACAGACAGCUCUAGACCUAAUUUUCCAUUGACAGAACGUCAACAGUUGCAAUAUCUCCUCGAAGUAACAGCCAGAGAAGCAAAACAAGAUUUUGAAACUGGUAGCAACAGCAGUGAUGAGCUGCCAAUUCUUUACAACAGGACAAAUGCUAAGAAAGAUGUGAGCAAGGAAAAUCAAAUUGAGACACGGAUACGAAAGAGGAAUGUGCGUGGAGAAACAGCAUUGCAUGUUGCAGCAAUAAGAGGAGACUUGGAGGAUGUUGUUGCCUUGAUAAAAGCUGGAGCAUUGGUAAAUGCCAAGGAUAAUGCUGGGUGGACACCCCUCCAUGAAGCUUGUAACUGUGGUAACCUAAGUAUUGUCCAGGAAUUAGUCCAGAGCGGUGCAGAAGUGAACAGUCCAGGUUACACAGCUAUUACACCAUUGCACGAUGCUGUAAUUAACGACCAUGUGGAGGUGGUUAAGUAUCUUUUGGAGAAUGGGGCAGAUCCUAUGCUCCAAACAUCUCAAAACUACAAUACAUUCACCUUAGCAAGAUCUGAAGAAGUUCGCUACUUGCUGAAUCCAGAAGAAAGAAACAGAGAUGUAUACUCUGUGGAGUUCCAAGAAAAUAUUGCCUAUGCACAACACAGGGAUCCUAACUUCAGUAUACCAGAAAUCAAAAUCAAUGGAUCGAAUAAUCCUUACACUCAAAGAAACAAUGGAGAGGAUGUAUUAGUUGAUGAGAUGGAAAUGCAAGACUCUAAAGUGCUGUUGUCCCAAAGUGUUUCAGUUCCGAAUCCAAAAGAUGUGGAAAUGGAGCUGUACAUAACUCCACAAGACACCUUUGGAGUCAAUAGGGGAAACUGUGGUGAUAAACAAAAUUUCUAUACUCAGCAAUUUCCAGCAUAUUAUGACUUUCCUGGAAAUACUUACCAUUGCAUCGAUGAAAGAGAAGCAGCUUGUAGGAGAUUGCCAUCAAAAGAAGGUGCAGGAAGGAAUGAAAAUUCGCCAGUUGAAAGGGAUUAUGCAGGUUGGCAUUUUCAGAGGCCUCUUCACCACGCUGUUGUUGCACAAGAGGUGCAAGUCAGAAAAAUUGUCCAAGGUGCAGAUGCUGACAAAAUUAAUCAGUGUUGUGAUUUUGAAACUCUAACUCCUCAUUUAGGCAUAAAUGAAGAGGCUUGUCCUCAAGAGAUGGAGCCACCCAUUGCUGUUGAUCCUGGCCUGAUGAAUAUUAAACAGUUGACAACCAAAAAACUUGGUCUGCCUGUGACAUCAGAAUAUGAGGAGGACACAGUUAUACCAGAGAAAUUGAAUGAGUGUCUUGAUAAGGCAAUGACUGAGAUCUCUUCAUACCUAGAAACCAGCCAAAAGUUAGAUGUUGAAGCACCAUUUGAUGAAAGAGAGUCAAAAACAAAUGGUGGACAUGAAUCAAAAACAGAUAAAUCUUUGAACAGUAAGGGGUUGUUAAACAGAUUUUCUGAUGUGGACUCUCCACAGAAACUUGCCUCUGUAGAUCUUGCCUCAAAGCUUUACAGUAACAAUUACCACAAAGAAAAACCAUCUGAGGAUUCUUCCCUUUACAAAACACCUGAGCCUAAAGAAGAUGAUCAAGUUUUACCUCAUCAAGAAGUAAGUGCUGAAGAAACUGAGAGGGACGUUGUUGAUCAGCAACCAAAUGCCAAUUUCACAAAAAUGAAGACAAGAAGUGAGAGGAAGAAGGAUGGAGCCACGGCAGAGAAAGGAACACGGUCUAUCAGAAAGAAGAAGAUAUCAAGGUCCUUGGAUGUAACCAAUAGCCACUGCAGUCAGACCAAAGAGGAAUGUACGAGCCACAUUCAAAAUUCCUCCUGGAGGUCAGACCUACCUAAAUACCGAUACAACAUGUCCACCUUACAUUUGAGUGUCCCAGGUUUUGAUGAUUUCCUUAUAAACAGCAAAGGCAAUGGAUCAAAAUCUUUUUCAGAUAGGAUCAUGGAUGAUUCAACAAAGGGAAACCGUUUGGCAAGGCUUAUGUCUCAACAUGACACGGAAAAGGUCAAGCUACGCAUGACUUUAGAGCAAGAGUUGGUCCGGCUGUAUGGAGGCGUUGCUCGUAAAUCAGCUGGAUAUCAAAUACCGUUCAGUGCCUGUACGGUGAUCUCAUCACAGAUGCGAGCUCCUGGAAUAAAGCUUAGUGUAGAAAAGGAGCCGAAUAUAUCCAUUAAGCUAGAGGUGGACAAGAUUUUGAACAAGUUCAGCAGGCUUAAGACACAGAUACUGAACCGGCAUAAACGAGAAAUUGAGACGAUCUUCGCAUCAGAAAGCUUAUGGAGGGAAAAUAAAACUGAGGAUAGUACAUGUGUGACGAAAACUGGGAUGUACGUGAGCGAAGACUUUGACCUCCUGCCUCCCAAGUUUAGGGAUUAUUAUGAAGAGGUUUUGUGUGCCAUGGACUGAAUACAAACCAACCGGAGAACCGGAAAUAGUUGAAAGCUGUCAUCAUAGAAGGGAGACAGUUGCGCGGCUUUUUCGACGUACUAGAAUUAUGAACCGAAAACAAAAAAAUCCAACUAGAAAACAUAAACACAAAUAACAAAACUACCCUAUUCAUUUCUGUGUGCUUUACAUAUUUUACUCAGCCCGUUUUCCAUAAACUGUUUUCACUCGUCCAUAUUAUGAUACUUUCCCUCAAAGGGAAUGGUAAAGAUUUGUAAAGGAAACUGUCGUUGAACGUUUAAUAAGAUGAUAUAAUUGUAAAAAAUGUUUUUUUAA